AUGGCUGCUCUCAGAAGUACAAAGGGACUCGUUGCUCUAGUCACUGGAGGUGCCUCUGGUCUUGGUAAGGGAACUGCCGAAGUUUUGGCUAAAGCAGGAGCCAGAGUUGCUAUUCUCGAUCUUCCUCAAUCAAAAGGAGCUGAAGUUGCCAAAGAAAUAGGAGCCAUCUUUACUCCAGCUUCAGUCACCAACGAAGACGAAAUUAAGGCAGCUUUCGCAAAAGUACAAUCGGAAUAUGGACGCCUCGAUGCUCUCGUCAAUUGUGCAGGAAUCGCCUACGCUUUCAAGCUCUACUCCGUUCAGAAGAAGAAGCAUGUUGAUUUUGAGAAAAUUCGUCAGACUAUGGAUGUUAACGUGUUGGGAACUUUCAAUGUCAUUCGUCACGGAGUUGCUCUGAUGGGCGAACACGAAAAAGAUGCAAAUGGACAACGAGGAGUUGUUAUCAAUACUGCCUCUGUUGCUGCAUUUGAUGGACAGACCGGACAGUCAGCUUAUUCGGCUUCAAAGGGAGCAAUUGUGGGAAGCUGGACUUAA